CAGACAGACAAAUAGAGAACACCGAUCAUAAUAAUUAUUCGAAUGGCAACAGGUAAUCGACAACAACAACCGGCAUUAUCGCAAAUAGCCGCAAUCAGCAACGAUAACGAUAACGAUAACAACAACAAUAUGACUCUGAUUAAUGAAAAAACCAAAAUUUACUGUGAACGCAUUACCCGGGUUUAUGAUCGAUUAAAAAAUGGUUUUAAACAAAUAAAUAUAUCAUCAGAACAAUCCACAUCAAAUAACGUGGAUAAUAAUAAAGGUGUCCAAUAUAUCAAUCAGAACAACAACAAUAACCAUAAUGAAAACGGUAUAAAACUACUUGAUGAUGAAAAUUCUGGAUCUGAUCGAACUUCUCCUCCUGUUGUUAAGAAUUUAUGGCAUGAAAAAAUUGAUAAACAUGAUAAACAGCUUGAAUAUCUGACUAAUCAAAUGUAUCGUAAAUGUUUACAUAAAAAUGGAUAUGAAACUAAUGAUAGUAAUUGGUUUCUAGCCAAAGGAGGUUUUGGUUUAGUAUUCCGUAUUGAACGUAAUGGUAUUCAUUAUGCAUGUAAAGUGAUAUCGAAUGUAAUGCAAAAAUUGAAUGCGCAAUCACAACAACAACAACAUAAAAAUAACAAUAUACUCAAUACGAUUAAAAUGAAAUCACGAUUCUAUAGUGAAGUAAAUAUAAUGCGUCGUGCUAGUCGCCAUGAAAAUAUUGUCACAUUGAUUGAUUAUUUUGAAAAUGAUUGCCCAUUCGAUGAUCAUGAUCAUCAAGUAAUAAUCAACCAUUGUGAUUCAACCGAUAAAUCGGCUGGUGAUGAAGCAGCGGCGGCUGUGGCUAUCGGACAACAACAACAACAACAACAGAAUCCACCAUUAUAUAAAUGUUGUUUCAUUAUCAUGGAAUAUGCCAAUUCACAGACAUUAAGUCAAUAUCUAAAUUACCGGAAAUUAAAUGAAAAUAUAUGCCGUUUAGUGUUUGCCGAUAUGGUGAGUGCCGUUCGAUUUCUGCAUCAACAACGAAUCGUACAUCGGGAUAUAAAACUGAGCAAUAUGCUAUUACAUCGACCAUCUUUUUCUACUAACAAUAAUCAUCAUCGAAAAAUUGAUCAACGUUUUAAUUAUAUAGUCAAACUAUGUGAUUUUGGUCUAAGUACGUUGCUUGAUCAUCGUAAUGAUGAAAGUUCAACAGAUAUUAACAACAGCAACGAUGAACGAGAAAUAUUCUUCAAACCGGUGGGCACAUCUAUCUAUAUGGCGCCAGAAAUUUUACGUUCAUAUUAUUUUUAUUCGAAAAAAAAUAUCGAUAUGAUUAGUCCAUAUUGUGCAUAUAAAGGUGAUGUUUGGGCAUUAGGCGUUUGUCUAUUCUAUACAUUACAUGGUUUCUAUCCAUUGGAUGUUGUACGUUUCAAUACAAAACAGGAACGACUGCAAGCAUUGAAAAGAAUAUUUGAACCAUCCAACGAAUGGCAACAACAAUAUCGUAAUGAUGUAUUGUACACGCAAAUAUAUGGUAGAAAUAUUGAAAAAAGACUUCGAAAUUAUAAUUAUCGAUUAAGCUCUGAUUGUCGAGAUUGUCUAUCAUGGAUGUUGGCCAUACAGCCAACAAAACGAGCCACAAUCGAACAGAUUGGUGAACAUCCAUUUAUGGCCAACAACAACAACAACAAACAAUAGCACAAAGAACCGUCGUAACAAGACAAACAUUAUUUAAAAAAUUGUUCACAUUUUUUUUGCGUGUACAUGUGAUGAGGGAGUGUGUUUGCUGGUCAUCUUAUUAAAGAAAAAAGCUCUCAAAUAUAUAAUUGACAUAAGCCGAUUUGUUUUUACCAAAUUAAUCGCUCAAUUAAUGGUCAAA